UCUGCCUUCGUUUAGUUUUGGAAGCAAAAUCCGAAGCGGGAGAGCUAGCAUAAAAGCACUAGCUUCCUCUCUGCGGCAUUUAGGGGGCGGUGGCUGCCAUAGCAACCGUUACGGAAACAUUGGCUAGCACAGUCAAAGCUUACGAUGGUUUGUUAUGCUAGCCUUAAACAUGACGUCGAAGUAAUUUGAAUAUCGAGCAUAGGGGGUUGUCAGUGAGUUAAUCACACAAGCCAAUCGUAUGUUCUUGCGUCAUUGUUUAAAUAGUCUAUUUUUGAUAUGACGUCUCUGCCUUUUUGUGGGAAACUGUCGAUGAUGUGAAGUUCUUGUGUUGAGUCUAGCUAACGGUGAUUUCCAUCUUAUGCUGUUUCAGCUCAAACUAGCAUGGAUGUUGAUGACUGCAAUGGCCCGUCCUACACAUCAGCUAGUGGAGAAUCUUCCAUGGAAAAUGAGUUUUCUGGGGCUCUAGGAGGUCCAACAGUGAGCACCCCAAAUAGCAAAGAUAACUCUCCGACUCGUUCCCUCAGUGCCAACUCCAUCAAAAUAGAGCUGUACAGUGAUGACGAUCCUGAGGUUGAACGAGGAGAACGGUUAGAAGACAGAGGUACAAGGCAAAGAUCUGAGUCUGGGGAAAAUUUUAGAGAACUUGCCAAUCCUGAAACCAUGCCAGCUGGAGCCGCCAGACUGCCGAAUGGAAAGCUAAAAUGUGAUAUCUGUGGAAUGAUCUGCAUUGGGCCUAAUGUUCUAAUGGUGCACAAACGCAGCCACACAGGUGAGCGGCCUUUUCAGUGCAAUCAAUGUGGCGCCUCAUUCACUCAAAAGGGCAACCUACUUCGCCACAUCAAGCUCCAUUCUGGGGAGAAGCCUUUUAAAUGUCCCUUCUGUAGCUAUGCCUGCCGAAGAAGAGAUGCUCUCACUGGACACCUACGCACCCAUGCAGUGUCAUCUCCAACUGUCGGAAAGCCAUAUAAGUGCAGUUAUUGUGGCCGCAGUUACAAGCAGCACAGUACACUGGAGGAGCACCGUGAGCGCUGCCAAAGCUACUUGCAAAGUCUAGAGUCACAACUACCAAACAAUGCAUAUACUCCAGGAGAGGAGAUGAGAGAGCUAGAGUUUAUACCAGACUCCUUACUGCAGUCCUCCUCAAACAAGAUGGUUUUUAUUGAUCGGCUUGCCAACGCCGUCACCAAACGCAAGAGGUCCACACCACAAAAAUUUGUAGGGCAAAAGCACAUCCGCCUUAACCCUGCAGAUGCACCUUAUGAGCUGUCUGCUGAAUUGGAUAAAGAUGGGGAAAUGCACAGAGGGGACCUUGAUAGCCUGUACGUUGGUGGCCUUGGAGGAGAAUACCCAGGCGUAGCAGGUAAUGUAGGAGGAGGGACAUCAGAGACUCUGAGGCCCCCGCACCUUCCCACCAGUCACCACGCAUGUCCCUCAGACAUCCGGCUUCCACACAACUCCAAUCACCCUUCCGUCAGUCUUGGUCCGAGGCUGGAUUGCACAGGGACCGGAGCUGGGGUAGGAGUCGUUGGUUUAGGAGGGAGGGAGGCAGCUGAAGGUCAUGAAGACGUUUCAGCUGGCCCAAGUCAUGUACCCUCGCCUAGCAACGGUUGCCAGGAGUCGACAGACACAGAAAGCAUGCCAGAUGAGCUGUGCAACAGCAACACUCCAGUUUCUACCUUCCUCGGUAACAAUGGACAUCACCUCCUCCACUCCAGCAACCACAUCCCAAGACUUCCUCCCACUACGCAUCAUACAGGUCGGGACAGACACAGCCUGAGCAAUGCCAAAGAGCGGGAUGUUAAAAAUGAAGAGGGGAGGCAUUCUGCUCUCGCACCCCCACCCCUCGCAGCAGUUCCCGUGUCACUGACAGCACACUCCGCCACCUCCACCGAGGCUCUGCGAGUCGUCGAUGGAGAGGGCCAUGUGGUGCGUUCUUUCCGCUGCGACCACUGCCGUGUGAUUUUCCUGGACCAUGUCAUGUUUACUAUUCACAUGGGCUGUCAUGGUUUCCGUCAACCUUUUGAGUGUAAUAUCUGCGGCUAUCGUAGCCAGGACCGCUAUGAAUUUUCAUCACACAUUGUCCGUGGAGAACACGUCUUUGAAUGACGGCCAGACGGACCCCCGUCUGCUUCUCCAAGAACUUCGUUGGGAUUUGUUUUGGAAACACUAAUACCAGGACCUGGCUAGGUUUGGUCUACACAUGAUCAGAAGGAGUCCUUCAAAGAUUCAAAUAAAUAAUUCAAACAGGCACACAGAAAAUGUAUCUGUAAAAGAAGAGGUUAAUUUAAACUGGGACAGUGGUAUUUAGGUGUCCCCAAUUAUGAUACACAUAGAAUGAAAUGCCAGCAGCUGCUCUUUUCAUCCUCAGUGCCUUGCUCUAAAGUUCAGGAUUCAAACUACAGGCACUCCUGGCGGUCAAGCCAGAGUUCUGUUCUAUAUUCUCAUGCACUUUAGCAGAUGAUAUCAAAAUGCCAAAUGCCUUUUUUUUUUGGCUUAUUUAAAUUUGUGUACAUAUUUUUAUGACAUGCUACGAACACUUUUUUUCACAAAAAAAAGAGGCAAACAACAAAGCUAAACACCAACAUUGUUGAAACUCUCAGUCAACCUGUACAGCAACUUGUUCUUCACAAACUGCAGACCAAACUCAAAGCCAGGUCCAGUUGGUUGGACUGAAGAUGCCUGUGACAGAGGGUCGCACAUGCAAAAAUGCACUUUGGAGAAAACAGAUGUGUGUGUUGGUGUGUGUGUCUGUGCAUGUGAGAAAGGUUCUGGAAAAUGUGUUUGUUUUUCUUAAAUGAAGGCUUUUUCCGUUGGUCUCAUAUGGGACGAUGUGGUAAUUAUUCAUGUUUUUAUUUUGUUCCUUGUUUGCUUGUGUUGCACUGAUCCAUGCCAGAAUUAAUGAUAUUAAACUGUUUUAUAGAAUUCAUGAAAGAGUUGAACAUUUCUCUAAAGAAAACAUGGAAAACUGUUGGAUGGGGGGGAGGGGCUCAGAUAUCACUGCCACAAUGAAAGGUUAUCUAAAGGGUAGAUUCUGGUUUUUAUAUUUCUGUUUUUAAAAUAUAUUAAAUUUCUAACCAAAACGUACAAUCUUGCCUGUGUUUGUGGUACCUUUAACCCUUGUGCUAUCUUAGAUGACCCCCCCCUUACAUUGACGUGUUCUCCCUACCAUGACAAAGAUGGAUAAAGGUGGAAAGAUUUCAUGUAAUCCAUGGACACCAGUGAAGAUCACAAAUCAUUGAAGAAAAAAGGUUCAGAGCACUGUCUAGUGGGUCUAGAUGACCCAACUCCCAAUGGUAAAGGGCCUACGAUAGCACAAGGGUUGAACAGACUGGACCUCAUUGUACUGUGCCUUCCUUCACCUGGUUCUGCUGACAUGAAACCAUCCACCUUCACAUGUCUGCGUGUCUCUGUGUGACUCUUGGAACCAACUGCAGGCAGACAGCUGUCGUGAUCUUGAGUCUAUUCUGGUGUUGGUCAACAGUGGAGCUGAUUUGCUUCUAGAUUUGAUUCGAAUGCAGUUUAAUGCUGAAUAUGCAACCAAUCCUAAUCCUGCUGCUACACUGAAGAGUGCAGUGUUUUACAGUGUCCUGUUGUUCCAUUAAAAACGAUUUACACCUAA